AUGAAUUAUAAUUAAAAAGAUCUAUAGUAUAAUACUCCUAACCUGAACACAGAAUUCGAUUAGAAUGAAGAUAAGAUUUUAUUGACAUCCAACUCGAAGCGCUAGUUAUUUAAAGAUGAAUCUAAUUAAUAGCCUGUUACAAAGCAGAAUUUGUUUUAAUAAAGGAGCUCAUAAAAAGAAAUACAUAUUGAUCAAUAACUCAGCUAUGAGAAUAACUAAAUAAAAAUAUAAAACAAUAGCUGUGAUGAAAAAAAUAGGUAAUUGUCUUAUAGUAGCAAAGAUGGCUAAAAUUUAAACGAUAACUAUUAAAGAACCAAAAAAGUUACAGUUAGCCCACAAUUAGAUGGUAUCUAAAAGAUAAGCGAUAAUAAAAAUCCUUUUGGGUGGUUAAAUCUUAAAAAAAGAAUAGAUAGCUUAAAAUACAUGGUUAGGAGAUUAGAGCUAUCUAGCUUGCUUUAAAUUAGGUCAAAGCUUAGGAAUUAUCAUUUAAUGAUCAUUGAUGAUAAAUCUUCAAAUAGGCAAUAUGAUGAGAAAUAAACGAAAUUUUUUGAAGACUUAGUUUCUUUAGACUAUUUUUUAGCUAAUCUUUCUUAAGUUUUCUAUACUGUGUUUCGAUUUUUUCCUUCAACAACAAAUACUAAAAUUUUGAUUAUUGUUUUCAAAAUAAUACUGGCUCUUUAGCUAACCUAUUAGUUGUUCAUGCUUCCCUUCUUGAUAAGUUUCCCAUAUAAUUCGAUUAACUUAUUCUCAGUUAAUGAAAAGAUGUUAAGAGCUAUAUUUGUCAUUCCUUUUAUUUUGGAGAUGAUUUUAAAUUUUAAUUUAAAAUACUUUGAACAUGGAGAACUUAUUUCUGAUAAGUACACUAUUAUACUAAGAUAUAUUAAGAAAGAUUUUUGGUGGGAUGCAAUAGGAAUAGCUGGAACAGGGCUUAUAGACGAAAAUUCUUAUGUGGCUUUUAUCUUAAUUAUAUUUUUUAUUCGUUUUAUCAAAUUUAAAUCAAUGUAUAAUUCAAUUGAAGAAAAAUUCUAAUUAUCUUUGAGAUUUCCUGUCUCAUUUACCAUAACAAACUUAAUAUUGGCAAUAACAAUUCUAGCGCAUGUUUUUGGUUGCAUAUUUUAGUAUAUUGGCUUGAAAGUGCAUGAUAGCGGCAAUGUAAGUUGGCUUGAUAAAGCAGAGCUGAUAGACAAAGGUAUUUUAGACAGAUAUAUAGCAAGCUUAUACUUUUCGUUUAUAACUAUGAUUAGUGUAGGAUAUGGAGAUAUUACUCCUAUUAAUAAUAUUGAGAGAAUAUUCGUUACAUGCAUGACUGUUUUCAGUUGCGGUACAUUUGCUUAUGUUGUAAAUAUAAUAGGAUCUCUCUUUUAGUAACUACAAAUAAAUGAAGCAGAAUACAGACAGCAAAGAUAUGAAAUGUCAAACUAUAUGAAGAAUAGAAAUAUAGAUUCUGAGUUGCAAACAAAAGUAUUCCAGUAUUUAGAAAUGCUUAAGUUAAAGAAAGAGUGGGAACCUGAGAGUGGAUAAAAUGUAAUAGAAAUCAUGAAUCCUAAAUUAAAAGAAAGCAUAUACAAAGAUUAUUAUGGAAGAUAUCUGAAGUCUUGCAAGCUCUUUUCUUCUAAAUUUUCAACUCAAUUUUUAGAUAUGUUGAGUGUAGCAUGUAAGGAGUAAGUUUUUGGACCAGGAGAAAUUAUCUUUUACCAAAAAGAACAAUAAAUAAAUUUUCAUGAAGAAGAGCAAAAUAAGCUUAAUGAUCAGUACUAAAAUAUCUAUCUCGUUAUAAAAGGCAAAGUAUUGCUCUUUUAAGAUAAUGGAAUUUCUAGACUAACAAAAAAAACUUUUAUCAAUACCAAGACUAAAUAUUCAGUAGGAGAAUGCUUUGCAGUUAAAGAAUUUUUGUGUGGUGUACCCUAUGAAUUCACAGCACAGAGUAAAGGGCUUACUACAGUCUUAAAAAUUUAAAGAUCUCAUUUUUUAGAAGUUCUCAAGAGAUUUCCUAAAGACUAUGAAGUAUAUUGUGCGCUUAGAGAUGAAUUAGUAUUUUAUGAAUAAGAUAAAUACAUAAAAUGUCAACCAUGUUCUAGAUAUGAUCAUUCAACGUAUGCAUGCCCGCGAAUGCAUUUUUUAAAAUAGAAAUAAAAAGCUAUUUUAAAAUACAGUCACUCUUUAGCAUAAGAGAGGUCUUUUUAUAGAAGAUCAAACAGAAAAAAGUUAAACCCAUUAGGCUAAAGUCAGUACUAAAUAAAAAAAGAUCUUAAAGAGUACAGAGUUCAUCUUGUCGUAAGCACAAAAAUGCUUUAAUAAAAUAUGCAAAAAGAAUUGCAAAAUAAAUUUGUACUGAUAGAAUCUAAUAACAUACUUAAAAAGUAGAGUUAAUUAGAAUCUCCUUAAUUUUAAGCACUUAAUAAUAAUCCUGCGGAUUGCGAAUCAAUUAAUGAAGAAGAAGCUUAUAAAUUAAGAGAGUACGGUUCGAUUUAAAAAACAUAGGUUUAAACCAAUAAAAGCAGGCAAUUUACAUAAGAAACAUUAUAACUUAUGGAAAUCACACAGGAGAAUGAUGAGUACUUCUAUCUUAAGUGCCCAAUAGUUGCUUGGAAUUAACAAUUAAAUAUGUAUGAAACAUCUGCUGAAUAAGAUGAAUAUGAAGGAAGUAUAGCUAUUUAGUGUUAUUUGGAAUAAAAUUAUGAUAUCACUACAACUUUAGAUAAUUUAAAUAUACUUGAUCUCUUUGAAGAAAUUUAAAAUGAAGAAGAAGAAGAAAUUUAUGAAAAAAAUAUUUAAAAUAAGAGCUUAGAUCACUUGACAGAUUUGCUAAUUCCUCCUCCUAUUAAUAAUAAUUAGAAUUUGAAUAAGAAUAGCUUGAAAAGUAUUACUGAAGAAGAUAAUUUGAUUUAAAUGUCAGAUACUUCUUUAAGCUGCUUAGAUUAAUAAGAUUAAGCAAAUGUAUUAGAUAAUAAUAAUAAUCUUAUCAAAGUAAAAUAACCUCAAGAAAAAGAGAAACCCUUUUAGCUAAAGCCUCUUGAAAAAAAAUCUAACUUUGCAAGCAAUUUAUCAAAAGAAGAAAGUAUUUAAGCAGGCAUUAUAAAACAAUAGGAUAUACAUUUAAAUAUUAUAGGAAGUAAUAAUGAUAUUGAACCAACUCAAAAGACCUAAUAAGAAAUAGGAGAUCUAAUAUAGAAGAAAGAAUAUAAGUAGUAAAUAUAGUCACCUGAUAAAGUAGGAAUAAAGAGAAGAAGCAAACACCUAAUGAGUUUUAAACAGCUAAAAUCUAUACUUUCAAUAAGCAUGGACAUCUAAUCCUAAAAAAAUAAAACUCCUAGGGCUAGCAAGCUAAUGACUGACAUGGAAAAUAUCAUACAAGUACAAGAAUAAAUAAAUGAAAAUAGCAAUAACAACAGCAACAACAAAAACUUUAAAUAAGAAUUUUCUAAUUUGCAAGAAAUUAGUAAAGAAGACCAAAAAUCAAACAGUCAAAUAUCUCUAAUCAAUCCGGAAAAGUUAAACAGUAGCAAUAAUUCUUAAUAAGUUUCUAAAUAAAAUAUGAGAAACUAAACAUACUUAAAUAAACAAGCAGUCUAAUAAAAACAUUUGAAAAAUUAGAACCCUUAAAAAGUACCAUAUAAUAAUGGUGACAUCUAUUUCUCACCAAUAAUUAACUCACAGUCAUAAGCUUAAAAAUUAAACUCAAUUUAAGAUUUAAGCUUAGCUUUUGCAAAUAAUUAAGCACAAUAAUAAUUAUUAUAACCUUAAUAACAUUAAAGUAAUUAAGUAAGCUAGCUAAUUCCUGAAAAUGUUACUGUAAUGACACCUUAAUUAUAAAAUAAGCAUAUACAAGAUAUGUUAACUUUUAUUUUCUCUUUUGAAAUACCACAAAGCUUCUAAAAAUAUUUCCCUCUAGGUAAUUUGGAGAAUAUUAUCAAAAAGUAUAUCAAGUAUUAAGAUCAAUUUACCAUUAAAUUCAUAAAUAAUAAUAAAAUCAUAAAUUAAAAAUCAGUUAAAUAUAUGUCAUUAACUCCUCAAGCAAAAUAAUAGAAAUCUAUAAAUAUAAAGAGAGAACCUUCAAGGUUUUCUAAAAAGUGA